AUGAAUGGCCGAGGUGGAUAUCAAUGGGAACCCGCCCUGGAGGAAGGAGGCAGCAGGUCCUCGCCGUCAUACACCGGCGGCAGCUACAAAUUAAUUCACCCCAACAACAACAACCCCUGUCCUCGCCUGCCGAGACACGCUCUGCCAACCCCAGCAGUCAGGCAGCAAAUUCCUCAGAACGAUGAGGCGGAGGUUGGGGGGAAGAUGACCUGCGCGAGGCGGAUGUUCUCCCACGCUGCUCGUGCCAAAUCGGGGCAGAUCGCGCGCGCAGCCCUCGCCUCCUGCAGACGCUUCCACGCGGAGCUGGUGAGGCAGGAAUCCAGCGGGCUUCCCAUCAUCCAUCACAGCAAGUAUGUGUGUGACCUCCCGGCCAAGCACAGGUUCCCCAUGGGCAAGUUCCCCAAGGUUUUACAGCAUCUGCUCCAAGACCAAGUCAUCACAGAGAAGCAGGUGUGGUACCCUGAGAUUGCCUCCAAAGCCCUGCUGAGCUGUGUGCACACUGAGGACUACCUGGACGACUUCAUCCACGGGAGGAUAGAGGAGCGGGAGCAGAGGAGGACGGGUUUCCCCUGGAGCCCGGGCAUCGUGCGGCGCUGCCGGUACGAGACCGGGGGCACCGUGCUGGCGGCCCGGGCGGCCCUGCAGAGGGGGCUGGCCUGCAGCACGGCCGGGGGGACCCACCACGCCUUCCCCAGCUACGGGUCAGGGUUCUGCCUGCUCAACGACUUAGCCGUCGCCGCCAAGCACCUGAUAGACGACCAGUCCACCCAGAGGAAGGUCCUGAUCGUGGACCUAGAUGUGCAUCAGGGGGAUGGCACCGCUUUCAUAUUCAAAGAGGAGCGGUCUGUCUUUACAUUUUCCGUCCACUGCGGGAAAAACUUCCCCCUCCGCAAGCAGCAGAGCGACCUGGACGUCAGCGUGGACGACGGGCUGGAAGACAAGGAGUAUCUCUCCACAGUUGAGGCCCACCUGCCCUGGCUGCUGGACACCUUUCGUCCAGACCUGGUUCUGUACGACGCCGGUGUGGAUCCUCACUGGGAGGACGAACUGGGGAGACUCCGUCUGACAGACCAGGGGCUCUACCUGAGAGACCUGUAUGUGAUGAAGACCGUGGUGGGGAGGGGCGUUCCUGUGGCCACGGUUAUCGGCGGAGGAUACUCCAGAGACAUCGACAAACUGGCGCUUAGACACUCGAUCGUCCACAGAGCAGCGACUCAGGUUUGGAGGGACUGUGGAAUGUGAAGCCUUCAUCUCUUGAAUCAAGAGGAGCGAUUGAGCCCUAGCUGCUACAGACCUGGUAAUUAGCCCAGCUACCACCCACCAUAACUGUAGGUGAUCAGGUCCAUGUGUAUGCAGCCAACGAUUCCUCCAGAACUUGAAUAAAACAUCUUGUGCUAAAAAUCAAGGAAUUACAUUUCCUUUUUCCUCAGUGAUCCCAUCUGUUAGCUGACCGUAUUGACCGGUGAGGUGUUUUAUGCUGAUUGGCUAAGCAUCCUUAUUGUUUCAUGACAAAAUGAUGGAUUAAGUCAUU